AUGCCGCCCAACCCUUACAUACCGUGGCUCACCAGGCCACGCAUGUACGCCUACGGCAUCGUUUCCACGCUCGUCGCUGUCGCCACUGUCGGCACCGCCUUCUCGGAGCGCAGCAACUUCUAUGCCGCCGUCGUGUUCCUCGGACGCUCCAACGGCUGCAUGCUCGUCCUGCUCAACUUUCUCCUCGUCAUCGCGCUCAUAGCAGGCCGUAUUCUGCAGCUCAUGUACUUUGGUCAGCUGCGCAGAUCCGAAGUCGAGCUCAUCGGCGAGCGGUCGUGGUACAGCCUCGUGGGCACGCUGCUCGCCGUCUCCAUCUUCCGCGACGACUUCAGCGUGUCGUUCGUCAUCCUCUUUGGCGUGCUCCUCUUCCUCAAGAUCUUCCACUGGCUCUCAGCAGAACGUGUCGCAUCCAUCAUGCAGAGCCCCAGCGUUCCGCGCAUCUUUCACGUGAGGAUGGUGAGCAUCCUCACCACGCUGCUCUUGGCCGACCUCCUCCUCGUCGCCUUUUCGCUCCAGAUGCUCAUCGUCAAAAAGAUCAAGAUCGGCAUGAUGGUGCUCUUCACCUCCGAGUUCAUCAUCCUCACCGCACUACUCUUCAACACCAUCGCGCAGUACAUUCUCAACUGCAUCGACAUGGCGCGCGAAGAGCCGUGGGAGGCCAAGUCGCUCUACGUGCUCUACGUCGACCUCGCCCACGACGUCGUCCGGCUCGGCACGCACGCCUACUUCUUCAUCCUCCUCACUCGGCUAUACGGCAUCCCGCUCUCGCUCAUCCACGACCUCUAUUCCGCCGGCAGAAGCUGCACUACCAAGGUCAAGGCGCUCUUCCGCUACCGCCAGGCGCUCAAAAAGAUGGAGACAAAGUAUCCCAAUGCCAGCGCUGCGGAUCUGCAAGCCACCGACGGCACGUGCAUCAUCUGCAGGGAAGACAUGGUUGCAGCUGAGGCGAGCGAGGCGACACCGCCCAAUUCUCCUGCAGCAGUGACCAAUGUCACCCCCAAGAAGCUCUCGUGCGGCCACAUCUUCCACUUCCGCUGCCUGCGAUCAUGGCUCGAGCGCCAGCAGAGCUGCCCUACGUGUCGCCGCAUGAUCCUCGACGACGAGCCAGAGCCUGCCGCAUCUCCAGCACAGCAGCAACAACCGCCGCCGCCACACGGUCCAGCAGGCGCGCCGGACGACAACGGUUCAGGCUUGGAUCCGUCGGAUCGCGCAACGAACCGCGCAGGACCAUCAGGUGCAGGGCUUGCAUCCACCGCAGCACACGGGCAACGUACCGCGGCAGAGGAGGAAUACGACACACGGCUGCAGGGCUUUCUGCAGCGGCUGCAGAGCGACUUGCGCAAGGUGCGCGACGAGGGCAACCUGUCUGCGCAGCGCGCGUCGAACCGUGCUGCCAGUCGCAGUGGACGCUCGACGCCGCGCACAGCAGCUUGGUCACCCGACGCAGUGUUCGGUGGCAGCACCAGCGGUGGGGUUGGAAUCGCAAGACACGUUCCGGCUGUGUCGAGCUUGGCGCAGGCCGACGAGGGGCUAGGUGGGCUCUGGAUGCCGCCUCCGCCAUCCACGCUGUACCGCACAGGUAGGCGUCCGGUUCUGCCCACACGGACCAAGGGCGCCGAAGCUGAGGCAUCGCAGGAAGACAGCAAGGGCAAGGGUAAGGAACGACAGCCCGAAGCUGACGCCGUUGUGCAGGACGAUGCCGCCGAAGAUCCGAUCGAUCCAAGGGAGGCGAUUCGCCAAGCCACACUGCGACGUUUUGGCCAGUCCGCCAACGUCACCUCCACUGAGAGUACAGCUGCAUCGACGGGGACGGCCGGGAUGGAGCGCAGCCCGCUGGCAAUGAUUCCGCUAUUCGAUCCGCGCGCGAUAGCCGACUACGACGCAGCGCACGCCUCGAGUCUGCCACACCCUCUCGUCGUGCACCCCCACACCGCUGGGACAGCGAGCACUUUGGCUGGUGGUAGCGAUGCUGUGGUCGGUGCAGGCACCGCGGUGCAGGACCAGAUCGCCGCUCUGCGCGCCAUCCAGGCCCGCAUCGACAGCGUCAUCGCCGACCUCGCACGCAUCGCUCCUUCCGCUCUCUCACCACCCAACGCAGAUGCAUCGUCUCCGUCCUGA